AUGCUAACUGACUUUGGAUUAUUAAAUAAAUAUGUUGAAAUAUUCUUAAUUUUCCUUUUUGUUAUAAUUACUGAACUUUUAGUUCGUUAUUUUGCUGAACGAGAAUUUGCUAAAAAACGAACGCUUAAAAAAAAACUCUCUCCUUAUCGUGAACAAGACCUCAUCCGUCUGGUAGGGAAUCUAGAAGCCGAAAACGUUCUUGAAGCCCAAGAAGUUCGCUUAUUACGAGCUGCUUUUAAUUUUGAUGAAGAAACAGUUGAAAAACACUUCAAACUUCGUAAAAAAGUGAUUUUGCUUUCCACCGACAUGACUUUUAAGGAAAUUCUACAAAUUUACUACAAAUAUCAUUAUACUCGCUACCCUGUCCUUUCUGAAGAGCGAAAAUUAGUCGAUUUGAAUACCAAAUUAAAUACCGCUUUUGAGACCUGUCAAAAAUCUUGUCAACAUUUAGCCAUUGUGGUUGAUAAACAAAAAAAAUUUAUUGGUAUUAUUACUUUGGAGGACAUUUUAGAAAGUUUGGUCGGCAAAAUUGAGGAUGAAAAUGAAGUUUCUGCUAAACAUUAA